CAGAGUAGUGUGCCCUCUAUCUCUAAUAGCAACAGGCUCUUCUUCACAAUCCUUCUAAGGCAUCAUGACUUACCCAGGCUUCAGCUAUCAGCUGCUGCUCUUAUUUCUUGGGCCUGGCUUCAGUUUGGGUGCUGCUCUCCAUUUAAUGCAUUGUGCUCCUUGUACUGAAGAAAAGCUCAGGCUGUGCCCACCAGUGUCCACCAGCUGCCCAGAAAUAACCCGCCAACCAGGCUGCAGUUGCUGUCACAGCUGUGCCCUUCAGCUGGGGGACCCUUGUGGAAUAUACACAGCAAGGUGUAGCCAGGGGCUUAGCUGCCAGGUACAGGUAGAUCAAGCUCGACCUCUUUAUGUUCUCACUCAGGGACAAGGUACUUGCCUCCCCAUUGCUGACAGGACAGAAAUUGCAGAAUCUGUGGAACCAGAGGAUAUGCCCACUCAAGGUGAUGAAAUAACAGCAGAUCACUUGGUCAACUAUGAGGUGGUGUUUUCAGCUGAUCAAGAUAAAUCUGUCUCAUGGGAUGCUAACAACAUUUAUGAAAGUUUGAGAGCAAAGAAAAUUGCUGAAGUUAAGAAAUGGAGGGAACAGGGACCGUGUCAAAAAGAACUGUACAAAGCACUGGAUAAUUUGGCAAAAGCUCAGCAAACAAUUGGAGGACCGUUAUAUAGAUUCUAUUUACCCAACUGUAAUAAAAAUGGAUUUUAUCAUAGUAAACAGUGUGAAACUUCACUUGAUGGAAAUCCUGCAAGUUGUUGGUGUGUGUAUCCAAAGAAUGGGAAGAGGAUUCCUGAGUCUCCUGAAAUGAUGGCCAAUCCUGAAUGUGAACAAUUUAUUAGCUCACAAAAAUAAUGCAAAAAAAAAAAAUUGCACAAACGUGUAUUUUAUUUUUGCAAUCUGAAUGCUUGAAUUUCUAGGGUCAGGGUCUGUUAACCUUGGUUAACAGAACUUUAAUCCUGUGGUUAGACAACAGUCUGCUUUAAGGAUGCUUUCUGUGAAAUUCCAGAGAUCCCAACUGGAUUGACUCCAUUCUAAUAUACUACCAGAUUUCUUGCUAUACAGUUAAUUCAAGGAACAAGAAUCCAGCAAUUCUGAUUAAAAAUAUUUAUUAGGAGGGUUAAAUUUAUGACAGAAGAAUUUUAGCAAGAAAGGGGGCUUUCAGAUAACCAAUAUUUAAUAUAGAUCAGUGUUCUCAAUUUUGGCAUCUUUAAGAUAUGUGAAGGGCUGGAAGUAUGUUUCCUUUUUUUUAUAAAAAUAGGGCGUUCUGCAUCCUGCAUAGUUUUGGUAAAUUGCUAGUCUUUUUUGUGAGUGGACAGAAUAGUAGUCUCAAGAUAUUAUAGCACUGUGGUCAGCAUUACUGGUGGGGUGGGGAUUCUAACAUUGUAUACUAUUGUAUUCCUGAAAGCUAAGCAGUAGAAGUACCGUUAAGAUAAUAAAGAGGAAGAGAUUAUGGACUACAUAAUAUGAAGUUCAAAAGAUUAUUACAUUAUUUAUUCAACCUGUAUUUUUAUUUUAUUUGUAUAUUAAUUUAUGCAUCUGUAUACUUCAACUUUUCAAACCUUGUAUGAAAACAUUUCAAUAUUUUCUCCAAGAAUAGGCAGUUUUCUGUUUUUAAAGAAUACAAUAUAAUAUGAACAUCAUUUGCAAAUAUAAUGUAUAAGAAUGACACAGUUCAAGCAUUUAUUUAAAAGAAUGUGUGUAUAUAUAUUAUGUUGUUGCUUUAUUUCAAUAUUGCUUCUCAUUUCAUCAUCAAGGAGUUCUCACUCUGAAUAAUGUUAUUAAGAAAAUGUUCUUCAGAAAUAUCAAAGGCACCUUAAAAGGAAGUUGUUUCUGUGAUUUUAAUAAAUCCAGUUGCUUUAUAAACAAGUUUAAACAAACUAAAAUUAAGAAAUUGUAAUAUUUGUUUGAUGAUGUAAGCAUUCAUAAAUCAGCUUUAUCAUGUUAUUUAAACAUUUAU